ACUCGUGAUUCAACUCUUCACUCGUUUGAUCACGCCUGAAUGCGAGCCGUUCGACCAGCAGUCUCCAGAGAGUGGAGCGUUUUCGUCGUCGGAUUUCCUCAGUAAGAUUUAGCAUAUUAAAAUACGAGUGAAGACAUGGAAACCUGUUUAAAUCCCUAGAAGCUGGAGCUUUGAGAGUGUGUUACAGAAGGGGAAAAUGGUCACAAUCCGCUUUGCCAUUUCUUUGUGAAGACGACAAGCCAAUAAUCCUUUCUGUUUUUUUUUUUUUCCUUAAUUUUUCCAGCUUUUCAUUGUUCUCGGAAAGUUGUGUGCCCCCUGUUGCAUUGAGGCAUUUUGGGAGUCUGCCGCUUUUAGGCCCCGUCUCCCUCCAGUUGGCACAGAUAAAGACUCAGUUGGCACUGCACCAGCUGAAUGCAAUUGCUGGCACAAGUGUCGCUCCGCCUGCAAUUGCAUCACCUGCUUUGACCUUGCUCAGCUUGCUUAAGGUCACCAUGUCACAUCCAUUAUAUAAUCCCAGUGGAGGGCGGUUCUCCAGUGGUCAGAGACCUGUUGUUCCUGGCCAGUAUGGUCUUGGGUCACAGCCUCUAAUGGAGCUGGGAGCAGCCCGUCUUGGCCCAGGUUCCAUAUCCAGUUCUCGCGGAGGAUUGAUGGUCAACCAGCCCUUCUCACUGGGACAGCGCCAGUCGCAGAUUUCCCCAGAUCUCGAAGCCGCCAUAGAUCGAAACCUUCGUGGAGUCCAUGACGAAGUUCGCCUUCUCACUCAAAUGCUCCAGCAACCGAAAAAAGCAGAUCCCCGUAUUAGAGGGGAUACGAGAGAUGAAGUGAUUUCCUCCAGGAGCGGCUUUUCUGGGAAUUUGCGAUCUGAUGAGGGGGAUUGGUCCCAAUACCAAGCCCCAGGCAAGCUCUUCACAUCUUCAGGUUUGGAUCGUCCUUCCAGUUCUUCACAGCUGUUAAAGUCUACAGGAUUUGGUGGAGGAUCAAGUGGUUUGGAAAGCCAGCGACAACCAGGACCGCGACCUUCACGCUACACCUCUGAAAGUGCCAGCAGCAUCCUAGCAAGUUUUGGACUCUCCAAUGAGGACCUAGAACUUCUAAGCCAUUAUCCAGAUAAUCAGCUGACCCCUGACAACCUACCGUUUAUUUUACGAGACAUUCGAAUGCGUAAAGCGAAAAGGGACGUUGAUGCGAGAUCUGAAUACAGCAACGUCAUUGACUAUGGACAUUCUAGUAAAUUUGGCUAUCCUGAGGAUAGCCCGGAUGGCUAUGCAAGUGAACACCUGCCUAAAGAGUCACCAAAGUAUGUGAGGGAGGUCUCUGGACCACCCUUCAGUGGCAUGGACAUCACAAAGCAUCCUCAUCCGUGUAAACCAGCUCCAGGCCCUGUACAAGCUCCAAAGCUUCAGAAACCUCCACUAGUUGACCCAAGACCCACUAAGAUGAUUCCAGCGAGACCAUCUGCUUCCCAGCCUAUUCUACAGCCUUCCAGUCGACCUCCGUCGCAGAUUCCACCUCUACUUGGUGUUCUUCCUUUGAUGACCAUUGAUAGAAACUCCGGAGGUUCGAAUGCUAACUGGAUCCCGUUCCUUCAGCCUCAAAUCAGCAUGCCCGCCACGAAGAGGCUUCCAACUCCUACCAUGAUGAAUGAUUACUCCGCAGCUACUCCAAGAAUCUUUCCUCAUACAUGCUCUCUAUGUAACAUUGAAUGUAUCCAGAUUAAGGACUGGCUUGAACAUCAGAACACAAAUCUUCACAUUGAGAGCUGUAGACGUCUUAGGAAACAAUAUCCUGACUGGAAUGUUGAUGCUGUCUCUGUUUCAAGACCUGAGCCCAAAUCAGAACACAGCAGCGCAAAGCGGCACACCCAGUCGCACUCAUACUCCAGAUCCCCCAGCCCGAAGCGUCACCAUGACUCCUCAAGCCGUCGUAAACGAUCUCGUUCCCGCUCCCGAAGCCCUAGGAAGUACCACCGUUCGGGAAGUCCCAGCCGGUCCCCCCAUAGGAAGUCUCGAGUCAGUCCUUACAGACGGAGAUCCCGUAGUCCACCAUCUCAGCGGUCAAGGUCUCCCGUUUACAGUAGGCGCUCUCCUGUACAACGUUCAAGCCCCCGGCGGAGCAGCCCCUCCCAUCAGCAGAGGUCUAGCAGUAGUGAACGACUGGCCAUGAAGCUCAUGUCUUCAACUGAGCUUUCCUCAAUCACAGACAGUAAUACUUUGAAGGCUGUGGUGAAAUCCUUGGCACCCGCCCUGCUUGCUGAGCUAGCAAAGAAGAAAAGUAGUUCCUCUACUUCCUUAUCAAAGGGAAACAGUAGCAGCAGUAGUUGGAAACGGCCUUCCCCUCCUAAGAGAGCAGAGUACUCCAGGUCAAGCAGAACCUCCACCUCAAAGUCAUCCAGCACUCCAAAGCCAAGACCCAAGGAUGCCCCUGGCACAGCUUGCUUGUUGAGGCUUAUGCAAAUUCCUUUUGGGACUACAAGCAAACAACUGACUGAUGCCAUUGAACCUUUUGGAAAGAUUUAUACUGCCAUCCUCCUCAAGGCGAUUAAUGAGGCCUCCGUGUGUAUGGAGAGAGAGGAGGAUGCCAAAGCUUUGCUCAACUGUAAGAACCUGAAAAUUCGUGGACAGGUUAUAAAGAUCUGCAUGGAGAAGGAUGCAAGAACUGAUGAUGGUAGAAAACCUGUUAAGAAUGAAAAACUUGUUAAGAAAAAAGAGGUGACUACAACAAGAUCAACCCAAUCAGCAAAAGUAAAGAGUGCCAACCCAAUGAGGGCACCUCAGUCAGCUAAAGCAAAAGAAGUGACAGGUUUCAAGACGUCUCAAGCAAUUAAGGGAAAACCAGCCGGCCCCAUCAAGUCAUCUCAAGUAACCAAGGGAAAAUUCAGUGUCCCCAAAAAGACUGUACAGACAGCUAAAGCUAAACUCCCUGCUAAGGGUGCAGAGACAGCAGUUGCCAAGAAGUUAGUGAAGAAGGAAAUACCCUGGAGUAAAAAUAUAGUAGAGAUUACGAAUCUUCCCGAAGGGGUUACUGAGGAUGACCUCACCAACCUUGCUAAACCAUAUGGCUUCAGUGUAACUCCUCUCAUAGCAUCCACUCAACAUAAGGCAUAUCUGCAGAUGCCCAACACAGAGGCAGUUGAAGCAAUGGUGAAGGCCUACUCUGAGACACCAGCUAAGGUGCAAGACAAAGAGAUUACCAUCAAGAUGAUGAUGCAACCUAUCGACCUGAACGACACUGAGUCCGUAUUCACAGUGCUUCUGGACAUGGAGAAAUCACCUGCUAUCACUACUUUGCCAGACCGCCUUCUCGUUGUUAAUAAUGUGCCAAAAACACUCACCGCAAUCAAGGAAGUAGAGAACAUAAUUCAACGCUAUGGUGGCUUCAAGAAAGUUUUGCCUCUGAAUGGCUGGAUUAUUUUUGAAAUGGAGACUGUCGCUAAAGCAAGGGCUAUCUUCUGUCGCUUCCUCAAGUUUCGUUGUGUGGUUCAGAACAAUGACCUUAACUUCCAACUAGCCAAACCACUCAAGCUAAAAAAGAAGCCAGUAGCAAAAGGAGCGAACCCUCCUGGUACAGCAGCAGCGACGACAACAAAAACAAAUACCAUCAAAGCCCAGAAGCCAGUGGCUGUGGCAGCAGCUUCUGCUGCAUCUACUGCAGGUCCACCUGUCACAAAAGACAAAGCUCCCAAAACUGAUGCUGUUAUUGUGGCUAAAGCAAAAGAAAGUAUUGUUACAAGCAAUAAUGAAGUAUGUUUGCAAAAAAGUGUUGACGAAGGAAAGGUGAACGCUGAUACAGCUGCAACUGAAGUUACUGCAGUUACCAUAGACCUUACAGUUGAUGAGUCUGCUAAUGGAGAAACAGCUACUCCUGAGAAUAAAGCAAAGAAGGAUACCCAAGCUGUUAAUGAAAUUGUCAUGGAUACCCUUGAGACUGAAUCUGUGAAAAAAGAGCAUGAAGCUGGAUCCUCAGUUCCCUCGACAGAAUCGAAGAGUGAGAACAAGGAGCUUGAAACUGGAUCCUCUGUUCACUCUUCAGAAUCGGCCAUUCCAGCUGAGCUUGGGAAAGGAGAGCUUAAGGUUGAAUCAUUUGUCUCUGCUUCAGAAUCUGCCAUUUCAGUUGAAUCUCCAAACACAGAGCAUGAAUUGGAAUCCUCUGUUUCUGCUACAGAUUCUGGAAAAACAGAGCUUGAAGUUGCAUCUGCUGUUUCUGUUUCCGAAUCUGAAGUUUCAAUUGAGGCUGCAAAAGCAGAACAUGAAUUGGCUUCCUCAGAAACAUCCAUUUUAAUAGACACAACUGAUCAGACAGGGACUUUGCCCCAGAAAAAUGAUCAGAAUGUGCUUGAGGCUGAAGAUGCUCCCAAAGAAUUGGUUCCUACAUCUGUGGAAGAAAGCAAAAUUGACAAUGAAAAGUUAGAAGACGGAAAUAAUAUUGAGGCCAUGUCACAAAUGGAGAUUGUUGCUUCAACUGUUGGCAGUGAGGAAACUGCAGUAGAGGCCAUGGAGACCCAGAGUCCAGAAGAACCUACCAAAGGCACUGAUGUCAAAGAGGAAGCUUUGGAAACACAUGAGCUCAAGAUAGAAAAUGUGGGCCAAGCCGAUGACUUGAGACCAACUAAACCUUUAGAGAUCGAUAUCCAUCGUAAGUCUAAUAAUCAAACUGAAUCCGCUGAAGAGCAUAGUCCUGUAGCUGUUGCAUCUGACUCCAUUCCACCCUUUGAUCCUGCUUCUGACCUACCUUCCACUUCUGAUCAAACUGUCAGUAAUUCUGCAGUCAGGGUUACACGCGCUUCAAACAGUCCUCAGGCUGUGAUUGAGCCCUUCCAUAUUGAUGACAAUUCUCUGGACUUUCCUCCGCUCACACAGGAGAUUUUGAAGGCCCUUGAAUUAGCUGUCCAUCAGUGUCGCUUACAGUCUUCAUUAAAACGCGCUGAAGAAGAAGCCAAACAGAAGGCGGAAAUGGAGAAAAAAGCUGCAGAGAAGAAAACCACAAAAGGUCCAUCAAGCUCAAAGAAGCCUGCUCAAGCGACCAAGAAGACCACUCAAGCUGAGAGUAAAAAGGUUCAGGAUGAGAAAGAAAAAAAGUCUCAGAACUCCAUGUCCAGGAGCAAGCCUGUGGACACCUCAUCCCCAGAGAAAGAGCCUACAUCUAGGCACAGGAUCAGGGGUAAUUCUGAAGAAGAUGGCUCUACCACCAAGCGUGGGGGAUCUUCUGGGUCCUCCUCCCGGAGGAGCAGGCGGGAAUCCAGCCCUCCAUCAAAGCACUCAAGCCCCCCAUCAAAGCGUUCAAGGGGGCAAGAUGUUGAUCGCAGGAGUCGUAGCAAAAACUCACAGUCUUCAAGAAGUCACUCAAAAACAAAGACCGCUGACAAGGAAAAAGAUGAGGAACUGUUUCCAUUUAACAUUGAUGAGUUUGUGACCGUUGAUGAAGUCGGGGAUGAUGCAGAGGAGACUGUGGUCUCAAAUACUGAGUCUUCAGCCGAAGACGAGAAGAUCCAGGAUAAACCCGAUUUCCACUCCAUAGUCUCCCCUAUUACAGAGUCUGGUUCAGCUGAUAAACCAAAACUAACUGACACAUUAAUUGCUUCUGACAUUGGAAAACCUGAAGUAAUUGAAUGUGUGGAUAAAAUUGACGCCACACCAGCUGCAGAAGUUAUUGCAUCUUCAAAACCAGAAGAGCAAGAGCUUCAGGAAGAGAGUGGUGAUAAACCGCUGGGAACUGAAAGAAUUGAAACUGCCAUUGUUAAGAACAAGACAACAAGGCCUUGUACUGUAACAGAAACUGCUUCAGCGGAGAUGGACAGCAAUGUUGAGACCCUUUUAACCAUGAAAGAACACCAUGGCGCGGGGGCCUUGGUUGAAUUUGAGCCAAGUCAGACAGUUUCUUCCUCUCCUUCACAGAAAGAAGGUUGUCCACCAACUUCUACAGAAACUUCAGAUAAAUCAGAUGAUGUCCAUCCUGAGGAGCCUGAAACAUCUGCCCCAGUGAUGAACAAAGAUAAGGCAACUGUGAUCUCUGAAAUUCCUUCUCAUGAUGCAAUGGUCACUCUUGAUGAGGUCAGUGAGGGUGAGGAAGAUUUUCUUAAUGAAACAAAUGAGGGACAGUAUUCGAAGGCUGAUGAAGUCCCUGAGACACUUGUAACGGUUGAUGAGGUUGGAGAUGAUGAAACAGGGGGUGAAGAAAAACUUCAAGGCCUAGUCACAUUGGAUGAGAUUGUUGAUGAAGAGGAGGAGUUUGAUUCAUUCAAUCAUGAGACUCUUGUAACCCUGGAUGAGGCAAAGGGUGACGAUGAGGAGAUUGAGGAAGUGGAGCAUAGUGAAGACAACCCAAGAACCACACCACCAAUCAGACCAGAAGAGCCGGUGAAAUCACCAAGCCAAGAAGAGGAUCCCUGUGACCUUGAAGAGCUCCGCAAGAUGAACUUUGUAACCGUGGAUGAAGUAGGGGAGGAAGAAGAGGAACAACCACCCAGUGAAGAUGUCAAAGAGGAGAAACAAGUUAAAACAAGAGCUACAAGGGCCAAAAAGAGAACACGCCAGACACCAGUGAGGAGAUCAACCAGAGGUAAAAGAGAGGCAGAGGAGCCCGAGGAAACUGCGGAGUGUGAUUCAGAGGCAGCUGCUUUCAUAAGUGAGAGUCCUUCUGCAACUGUAGAAUCCAUGGAUCUUGAUGUUAAGACAGAACCGCAAAAGGCUGAAACCUUGAAAGUUCCAGAUUCGUCAGCUGCACUGGUCACCGCAGAGGUCUCUUCAGGAUCAGAAGAGGACAAGACGAGAGCUAAAGAUGACAACUCUGCAAAGCCAGAGAGUGAUACUGUUGAGACACCAGUCUCUGACAGAAAAUCCACAAUCAAAGAAGAGUCCAAGCAAAGGCGGGAGAUGGAGCCAACACAGGAACCUGAAGCUAAAAAGGCCCCUGUGAUUGAAGACUUCACCUUGCCCCCGUUUAUACCAAACAAUCCCAUCGGGGUUGACUUUGUGGUGCCCAAGACGGGUUUCUUCUGCAGACUCUGCUCUUUAUUCUAUGGCAAUGAGGAAACUGCUAAGAAAAGUCACUGUGGUAGCCUAAAGCAUUACCAGAACAUGGAGAAAUACUACAAGAAGCUCAAGUCUCAGAAGCAGGGUGACUGCUCAACACCGAUAACGCCCAGUCAUAGUUUUCCUUCUGAAUAGCCCCUAUUAAGAGUUUUUUUUUUCCUUUAUAUUAAUGUUAACAGAUGGGUCCAGUUGUUUUGUUGUAAAGGUUUAUUAUUUUCUUGUUUAGAGUGAAAUGCAUUUGCUCAUGCUAAAUAAAGAUUACAUAUAAUCAGA